AUGGGGUGCUUCUUUUCCAAAAAAUCCAAACGAAAGUCGGAAGAAAAGGAGGAACCAACGACUACUACUGUGGAUAGCACCGCCACAAGCAACGCGGUUCCCCUGGGCAACAACACGGAGGAGCCGCAGAAGCAGUACAGCUGGGACAAGCGUGAGAAGGUCGACCCUAAGGAUUUCAUGCUCACGGGGCUCAAAGAUGCCACAGCGGGGAGGCUGCCGGGGAAACUGAACGGGCAACAGUUUGUCAUCCAGGACUGUGAGAACUGCAACAUCUACGUGUUUGACCACUCGGCCACCGUCACCAUCGACGACUGUGUCAACUGCUGCAUCUUCCUGGGCCCCGUCAAAGGCAGCGUGUUCUUCAGGGACUGCAAAGACGUCAAGUGUGUGGUGGCCUGUCAACAGUUCAGAACCAGAGACUGUAAAAAGAUGGAGGUAUUUCUCUGCUGCGCCACUCAGCCCAUCAUCGAGUCGUCCACUGGCAUGAAGUUUAGCUGCUUCCAGUACUACUACCCAGAGCUAGCAUACCACUUCCAGGAUGCGGGACUCAGCAUCUUCAACAACAACUGGAGCAACAUCCACGACUUCACGCCCGUGUCCGGGGAGAACAACUGGAGCCUGUUGCCGGAGUCCGCGGCGGUCUUGGACUACGUUCCUCUGCCGGAUCCAGAAUCAGAGUUCAAGUCGAUGCGGAUCUUGUGCGAACCGGAACGCAGCAUCGUGCCUCUGACCAGAGGAGGCAGGAGGAAAGAGAGCGACGAAUCCUGUUUGUUUGUGUUCUUCGCCGGAGAAUACACGACUCCAAACGCUCGCAAACUCAUUGACGAGGUCACGGGGAAAGGUUUUGUGCUCGUUCAGACCAAAGAGGUGUCUAUGCGGCCGGAAGAUGUGACCAGGGUCUUCCAGAGCAACGCAGAGGAGCUGGUGGAGUGGAUCACAAAAGGAGCAGUUAUCGGGAUGGAGCUGAACGGAGACGGCGUCGUUGAAGCCUGUAACCGCAUCGCCACCGAAGUCUUCAGUGGAACCAAGGUUUUUGUCUCCGAUAACAAAAACACCUCCUCCAGAGACGUAGACAACUUCUUUAACUUUGCCGACAUGCAGAUGGGAUUGUGA